GUGGAUAUCGAGAGUGCGAAGAAUAUCCAUAAGAGCGGAUGCACGCGAGGUGUUGGCUUAGGGUCGUGGGUUGGAGAGUGGUGGGGUCUUGCGGAUGAGUGAUGCCAGUGCAGGCUUAAUUGGUGUUGAUCUUGUUGCCAGAGAUCAUUCCAUCGCCAUGCUUUUACGUUCCUAGUAUCCUCACUUGACUGACCAAGAGCUUCGUCGGGCAAGAGUUAUCCAAUUUCCAAUUGAUCGUGUUUUACAGCCCCCUCUUCGCACAGCCUCAUGCAAACAGCCAUACUGAGAAUCAGCCUCCCUGGCUUGGUUGUCGCAUUUACGAUGUGCCGUGCGUGAGAAGACGUGUAGGUGAGAGUAACAACGGUGUCGGGAAACGAGGGAGGGUUGGAGUUUCGAGUGGAGGCGAAAUGGGGCGAGGGCGAGGGCCGAACACGGCUGACUCUUACAUUGGCAGCCUCAUAAGCCUCACAUCCAAGAGUGAGAUUCGGUAUGAGGGGAUUUUGUAUACUGUAGACACCGAAAAUUCCAACAUAGCGCUGCAGAACGUUCGGUCGUUUGGGACAGAAGGACGCAAAAAGGAAGGACCCCAGAUUCCUGCUAGCGACAAAGUCUAUGACUACAUCAUUUUUCGAGGGUCGGAUAUCAAGGAUUUGCAAGUGAAGUCGUCUCCACCACCUCCCUUACAUCCCCCUCCUCUACACCAACCGACAGAUCCUGCAAUCAUAUCACUUCAGGUACCGCAUUCUCAGCUACAGUAUCCCCUGCCGUCCUCUCUUGGGCCCUACAAUGGUGGGAUUCCAGCGGCAGGAUCUUCCUCAGAGCCAAGCGCUCCUCCUCCUUACAUGGGAAUGCCACCAUCUCCGUACAGAAGCGCUGUGCCUCCUCUAUAUCCUCCGGCAGGAUUGCAGUCUUGGGGUCCCCCCCCACCACUUCCUGGUGCCAAUGGGUCAGGUCUCGCCAUGCCAAUGUACUGGCAUGGUUACUACAGACCUCCACCAGCGGGGCACAUGCAACAUCAGCCAAUGCCCCCUCAACCUCCUCCUCCGUUGGCAGUUCCAUCACAAGGUCAGCCCCUGCAGCAGCAGCAGCUACAACAACAACAACAGCCACAACCUAUACAGCAGAGUCAGCAGGGACCACAACCACCACCCCUGGCACAGCAGGUAGCUCCAUCAUCACGCCCUCAAGGUCCGAUAAAUGGUCCCAGUUCUAGCGGCGUAGCUACUCCGGCUUUGCAGUCGCACACCCAGCCUUCUACAUCAAGUGACUCCAAAGCUCCUGUUUCUAGCACUGCCAUUACACUGACACCUCUGGUUGCAGCAACUACAGCUCCGGCUUCAACCGCGGUGAAACCUACAGAAUCUGCUAUGAGCACAGUUGCCGCUCCAGUUGCUUCAUCGAUCGGGACAACGGUUUCUGCCUCUGCCUCAGGUGUCCCCAUUUCAGCCGCUUCCAGCUUACCUUUCUCCAUGCAAGGCGUCAGCGCGAUGAUUACCCCAGUUGCGAAGAACCCCCGGCGCAUUGUGGGGAGUGUGUCCCAAGUUCCAUCACAACAGGCUGUGGGAUCCUUUUCCCAAGGGCUAAGUACACAGAGUACGUCAAGUGCACCCACCUUGUCUUCCGAGUAUUUGAUAACACCACAAAUUGAGACAGCGCAAUCCUCAGAGAGUGUAGCGUCGGCAGCAAAGCCAGGACCAACCAUAGCACAAAGCCAAGUGGCUCCAAAGUUGGAGCAGAAAACAGCUGAAUUGGCCCAUGUAGCAAUAACACCCGUGGUGCAAACCAGCUCACAGACCGCAACUUCCCAGGCACAAGUCAGUCAGCCUCUACUUCCACUGCCCACAGGCGAGCAAAAGCAACAGGCAACGGCACAGCAGCGAGGAAGUCAUAGCGCGCCUGUUGGUCAAAAGAAUCGCUGGCAGGGAAAUGGUUAUCAAGGUAACGGCAAUUACAAUCGUCGUGGAAGAGGUCGAGGCAGUGGCAGCGGAAGAGGACUUGGGCUGGCGAAUCCUACACAUCAGUUCACUGAAGAUUUCGACUUCACAGCCAUGAAUGAGAAAUUCAAAAAAGACGAAGUUUGGGGCACCCUUGGAGGGAAGGAUGAAGAAGAAGAAUACGAGGAUGAUGAUGGAAACGUCGAAGCUGACGCAGCUGAUUCUGCACAAUCAGAUGCAUCAAAGAAGGCUUUGUACAACAAGGAUGACUUCUUCGAUUCUCUAUCCUGUGAUGCAACUCACGGAGGACGUGGUGAACGCCCUAAAUUCUCUGAGCAACGCAGGAUUGACACAGAGACGUUUGGGGCUUUUCCUGUGAGGUCCUCUGGAGGACGUGGAGGACGCCGCGGUGGCCACAGGGGCGGCUACUUCGGUGGCGGAGGAGGGAGUUACGGCAUAGGCAGAGCUGGCGGUUAUGGCAGGGGCCGUGCCUCUUCCGGCAAUGUAUGAGUAGUUAUUCCCAUUUGUUAUGGGAAUGUGCUGUGGCUACCGCAUUGGACAUACGAAGGGAAUGCGCAGCAAUUAUGCUUUAAGACGCUUUCUCGGUUGGUGGGGUGUGUAGGUUGUGCAUGUUAGCAGUAAGAAUUUGGCAGGUCGUGUAGAGGAUUGCGGAUUUGUGGAACCGGCUUUAGAUUUGCUGUUCCAGAAAAGAGGCAGAGGAGGAACGAGACAGUUGUGGAGCACCCUGAGCGAUGAUGGGUCUCCAGGUUGUGUCAGUGCCACUUUCUUUACAGUACUCUGCUGUUGGGUCCGACUCAUAGCCAGGUAGCCAUCGGAACAGCAUCUGACCUGGGAUAGGAGGUAGACCGAAAGCUUGGAUCCCCUGCAAUAUGUGCCAAGGUAGAACAGCUGUUGAUGAUACGUGAGAGGUCAUCUAGGCUGUAAGUGGUUCUGGUCAGUAUGGUUUGGAGCGAGAGUUUUAAUUCGCUACAAAAUCUGGGUUAUGCGGCAACCUUGUUGUGGAUAGUGAAGGUUGGGUUUGCAGAUGGUCGGGUAGUCUAGGAUGAACAGAUUGACACCAGGCGUCAGGUUGACCCUCUCAUGUCUAUAUUGCUUUGAGGGUCUUCGGUGGCGGGAGUCUGUUGAUGGGAAUAAACUGGCGCUUUUCACUGCCCAACCUGUUCGUUCAGGUUUAUCGUCA